GCGCCGCACGCCACUCGGGCCAGCUCGGCCGCUCUCGCGCAACCUCGGCUCGGCGGCGCUCGCGCAUUCUACUACAAUAUUUAUUUACAAACAACCAAACUGGCUUUGACGUUCGUCGUUUAUAAGCUUUUAACAGGAGAAACUUGAGUAGCAGACGGGAUCGCCAUGUCAGUCAUGAUUGACUCAUCGGACCUGGAGAGAGAGUACUCUCCGAGCCAGUGGUCGACGCGCUUCGCCACCUCGCAAGGGGUGCUCCAGAACCACGUACAACUAGUAACGGCAGCAAGUGAAGAGGCAACCAACAACAUUCCCCAUAAACUGGAGAUCGAAUACGGUCCCACCUUAAAUCAGAAACUCGAUAUUUUCGGCACCGACUUACCAAACAAUUCGCCAAUUCUCGUGUACGUGCACGGCGGAUACUGGCAGGAGUUGAACCGCGAGAUCUCGCGCUACCCCGCUGGCCCGCUCUACCGCGCGCGUGUCAAGACCGUGGUGGUGGGCUAUGACCUGUGCCCUUCCGCCACCUUGCCGGAGAUCGUGCAGCAGAUACAGAACGCCGCCAGAUUCGUGUUCGAGUAUGCUGACAAAAUGGGAUCAAGAGGUGUAUACUUCGCUGGUCAUUCAGCCGGCGCCCAUUUGGUGGCAAAGCUCCUGUCAGACGCGGACUUCCUGGACAACACGCCCGGCUCCAACCACCUGCAGGGCGCCUUUCUAAUCUCCGGCAUUUACGACCUCCGCGAACUAGUCCUCACCUCCGUCAACGACGCCGUCCAGCUUCCCACCGAGUGGGCUAUCCCGCUUUCUCCACAGUUCGACUGUUACACGCACCUACAAGCCAGAAGAGUACGACUAUACAUCCUGGCUGGACAAAACGAUAGCCCAGUAUUCAAAAAACAGUCAAGAGAAUUCUAUGAACUUCUGCUAAACACUUGCCUGACCUCUAACAUGUACCUCGAAAUUAAGGAUGAGGUGGACCACUUCGAUAUAGUAGAAUGUUUUGCAAAUGACGAUAAUUAUCUUAAAAACCUACUGGUACAUGAUAUAAGAAAACAUUUGUGAUGAGUUGUCAAUCACGGAAGUAGGACUAAAGCAUGGAAGCCGGACAAAAAUACUUCGCAAACAUGUAUACCCGUCCCUAACUUCCUUACGAAUUAGAUAAUGUGUCAAAGAGAGAUGUAUGUUUGUUAUUCCUUAUUUGUGUUAGGUGUCACAAGUUUCAUAAUCUGCUAGGGAUGUACUGUGUCGACUUUUUACAUGACUGCCCAAAAAAGAGAGUGUAAUGUUUUUAUAUUGAUAAAUUGUGCAUAAGGUUAGCUAGAAAUAAAUAUGUAUAUUUUAUAUAAAAAAAAAAUGUGACUUGCAUGUUAUAUUAACCAUUUUAAUAAAUUUGUUUUUCAAUAUUAAUUUUGAAAUUGUAAUAAAAAUUCUUAUUUAGUUUUAAAUUUGCAUGCCAUUUUUUGGCUUAACAUGUGAUACUAAAUCAAUUAAUUUAUAACAUCUGUAUGUAAUUACCAUGUUUAAGCAAAUAAAUAUUUCAUUUCAUUUCAUUUCAUAUGCGCUGGCGGUCAACGCAUAGACAUAUAUAUUUCUCAUGUGUAUCAUUUGUUUCAUUCGGCUCUUUCUAAAUUUCAAAUAUUUUUAAUAACAUGAGAAUUUAUACAUGUACCUAAUAUAGCGUUUAUCUCAUUUGCAGUCUACCACUCAGAACCUUAGAAAGCUUUAGAAAGAAGGUGAGCGAUCUUGACGUGUCUUUUUAUUAAAAACACUUUUGAAAAUAAGUUACAACCAAUAUUUACAUACUUUUGCUUUCAUAAGUAAAAUAUUACUAUAUUUAUAAACACUUUUUUCAAUAUAAAUACAAGCCAAAAUGGUUAACAUUUUUUUCUAAUGCUAAAAAACUAAGUACUACUUAAUUUAUGUACCAAAUGGGAAAUAAAAGAAAACGUUCAUGUAAUUUUUUUUUUUAAUUUAAUAAUUCCUCAUCCUUUGGAAAUCUGUCAGAUAGGUAAAUAAACAAGAUUACUAAAAGGAAAAUUUAUCACUGAUCAUUUUAAUGUCUUUUUAC